AUGCUGUCCACCGAGCAGCUGCUAGAGAAUUCGGCGCGCGACGGCACGGUAGAAGACUGGCCGAGAGUCUUGCCCGACAUCCUCUCCCGUCUGCACCAUAACGUCUACAACGAGUUUCCCUUACCAUCCCUCCCGCUCCCAGCACCGCUACCGCCUCCCAUCGAUCCUCAAGUCGUCGCAUCCACGCCGCCGCAAAUACCCACCAGCGAGACCGAGACCACAGAGCAAGAGCUGCCAGACGCGGACAACGAACCACCUGCGAAUAGUCAGAGCAGUACCAAGGAGAAUGAUGCGCCUACAGAACUCGCCGCGGGACGGCCACCUCCCACAUCACAUCCUGGAUACCCGGGCUACGAGAUCACUGAAUCCCAGCGGACUGAGGAGAUGCCUUCCCCACAGCCAAUGACCGAACCAGGAACACUGCCUCCAGAAUUGCUCAGUCUGUACGAGUCUUCAACACGGAUAUUAGAGUACGACUUCGCUCAGAGCCCACCCUACACCAUCCAGCGGCUAGCAGAGCUGGUUCUGCGGCCUCGAAAACAUUACCGCUUUCUACCUGCCUACUUACGCGCCCUCGAUCGGAUCGUUUCUGUCAGCUCUCCGGUAUCAGACUUCCCAUUGCCCACGCUACACAACUCACUCAAUGGUGGCUUCCUGACGAAUGGCGAGGCUCAGGUCAAUGGCAUCAGUGAAAGAGAAGGUCUAGGCAGUGAUGAGAGUUUGGGUGGAGCACUAUUGACACCAAUCCCAUGGUUGAGGAAUCAGGGCAACAUGUUGAAUCCUUCAUCAUCCGGAUCUGCGACUGAAGGCGAGCUUCACAGUGAGAGCACGGAGACCAUUGUGGGACCUCAUGGAGCAGGCAGUAUCGAGACAGUGUCCGUCACGGUCAACGGCAUACCCAGUAUAAGCGCAGUCCCAACAUCUGCGUCGUCGUCACCAAUAGCUUCGCCGACGCUGUCAGAGCAGAGCGAUGCUAGUACCUCGUCUUCUGCGUCGACAGAUGCGCAGCUACGGGAUCAGGGCGCCGUUACUCAAGGAGAGCUCCUUCGACAGGAGCAGGAAGCUGGCGUAGUGCCAGUCAACCCAGCUGGACAUCCAAUGACUCCAAGAAGAACUUUGAUCGGCGGCGGAGCAGCUGCAGUGGGACGUGAUGCACCUGUUGGUGGCUUGCCAUCCGCGACCACGGAGGUGGCGAUGGACGACGAGCAACCGCACGCGAGAGGACCUGAAGUGAUCGGCAUGGAAGACAUGGGUCCGCAGCCUCAUCCAAGCGAAUCAGGCGGAAUGCUUGACAUGGAAGCUGCAGUUGGACGAGGGAGAAGCAAAUCACCGCAACCGCCCCCGGCAGCUGAGCCGUCAGAGGUCAAGAAAGAAGACGAGGCAAUGGAGGACGCCGGCGAAGCAGAUUCUCAGGACGUUGAGAAGGAAGUGGAGAAACUCAAGGAGGCUAUGGACCGGGAGGAGGCCGAAGCCGAGGUGAAGCGGGAGCCCGAAGGCGAUGCUAUGGACACGGGAGCGGACGAGAAGCCUGUCGAUGCGGAGGUCAAGCAGGAGGGUUCAGACGAUUCGAAGUGA